AUGUCUCGGAUUGAGAAGCUCUCUAUUCUUGGUGUGCGGUCUUUUGGGCCCCAACACCAAGAGACUAUCGCGUUCAACACCCCACUCACCCUCAUUGUCGGGUACAAUGGUUCAGGCAAGACGACCAUCAUCGAAUGCCUCAAGUAUGCGACCACAGGCGAGCUCCCACCCAACAGCAAGGGCGGCGCUUUCAUCCACGAUCCCACUCUCGCUGGCGAGAAAGAUGUCCGCGCCCAGGUCAAGGUCUCGUUUCGAUCGACCGUCGGCGAAUCCUACGUCAUCACACGCAACAUACAAUUGAUGGUGAAGAAGAACACAAGGUCGCAAAAAACAUUGGAAGGCAGUCUGCUGCUUCGCAACAAUGGCGAGCGUCACGUCAUCUCCACCCGGGUCAUGGAGCUCGACAAACUGGCUCCGGAGAAGCUUGGCGUCUCCCCGGCUGUUUUGGACACUGUCAUCUUCUGCCACCAGGACGAGUCGCUGUGGCCCAUGAGCGAGCCUGCUGCUCUCAAGAAGCGGUUUGACGAGAUUUUCGAGGCUAUGAAAUACACCAAGGUCAUUGACAACCUCAAAGUUUUGCGCAAGAAGAAGGGCGAAGAGCUGCGGGAACUGAAGCUGCAGGAAGGCCAGGAUAAAUCAAACAAGGAGCGGGCAGACAAGGUCAACAAGCUGAUGGCUCAGUUGACACGGGAUAUUCAAGAGGGCCAGGACAAGUGGGACGAGCUCACGGGGCAAAUGAAGGAAGAGGAGGCGAAAAUCAAGUCAAAGCAUGAGCAGGCAAACAGCUUUCUUCGGAUCGUGAACGACCUCCAGACGAAAACGGAGAAGCUCGAGUACAAGAAGGAAGCCGUUCAGGAGCUGCGCAGUCGGAUUGAAGAAUCGUCAGACACGGACCAGGUUCUGAGGAAUACGCUCGAUGAAUACGAGCAAACGAUUGAGAAGACAGUCUCUGAUCGGGACAGGAAAGCGUCACAAUUCCACGAACUUCAAGGGGAUCUCAAGUCGUCCCGGGAGCAGCACACGGCCAAGGCGUCCGAACAGGGCAAGCACCAGUCCGACAAGGACAAAUAUGAGCGCCAACUCGAGACACGAGACCGCAUGAUACACGAGGCAGCUACUCGCCACGAACUCCGAGGCUACGACGGGGACUUGGACGACCGACGAAUCACCGCAUUCAACGAGCGGAUUCAAAAGGCCUUGAACGACAAGAAACGAGAGCUGGAGCGCCUUCAGCGUGAUAACGCUGAGGAUCUCGACAAGAAGUCGGCCGUGAUCACGGAGCGCGAGAGCCGGAAAGCCUCGCUCAUUCGGGACCGCGCAUCCGCGAAGCAACGCAUCAUUACGGUUGGCAAGGAAUCGGCCACGAUUCAGGGCGAGUUGAGCAGGCUAGAUAUUGACGAAGGCGCGGAGGCCGUGCUACGGACUGAGAUGAAGGAGCUCGAGGGCAGGAUGGAGACUGCAAGGACCGAGGAACAAGGAGCUGACCUAGAUACGCACAUCAAGAAGGCCAACGACGAUAUCUGGAACCUGGAAGCACAAUCCGCGAAACUGGCGCGAGAACUCGUCGAGUGUACGAGGCUGGCGUCCGAGCGGGCCCAGCUCGAUCUGCGGAAGAAACAGCUUUCGGAACGGCGCCGGGAAUUGGACAUUCUGAAAAAGACCUGGAGUGAGCCGCUUUCUGCUCUGAUCGGCGAGGACUGGCAGCCAGAGACCAUCGAGUCCGAGUUCCAGAACGCGCUCAAACUCCAGAACAGCGUCGUUGCGGAGCGAAGGAAGCAGAAAGACGCUACCCAGCAAGAACUGAAGCAGGUCGAGUACAAACUCAGCAACGCGCGAGAUCGACAGAGCAAACUCUCGACGGAAAGGGAGAACUGCAAGCGAGCGGUCAUGAAGGCACUUAAGGAUGUGCGGAACCCCGACUCGCCGCCCAUCGAGGACUACACCAAGGAGCUGGAGAGCAUCGAGACCGAGCUUAGCCAAACGGAGACGGACUUGAAACUGUACGACGAGAUGAAAAAGCAUUACGCGAGCAUCAAGGAUCGGGCCCUCCUGGACAAGAUCGCAAAGAAGUUGACCGACGAGGAUAAGGAGGAGUUGAUGGAGGACCAGGUUCAUUUUGCGGAACAGAUCAAGACUCUCAAAGCUGUGCGCUCACAGUACGACAGCUACCAGCGCCUGGAGGCAGAGCUCCCGUCAAUCACUAAGGAUAUCGACUCGGCUUCGUCUCAGAGGGAGGAGCUGGUCCGUCGGCUGGAAGACCAGGACUUGGCUUUCCGGGAAGCGGAGGAGAAGCAGCAGGAAGUCGACGGGCUCGGGAAGAACGUGCUCAAGAUAUCACAGGCACAUAAGGACAUCAUCGAGGCCGAGAAGCAGGUGGAAAGGUCACAACAGUCGUCAAGCGUCUCAAUGCGAAGUCCCGACGAGAUCAACGAGGAACAGACGGCCUGCGCGGAGCAGACGCGGGCUGCCCAGGCCAAGCUUAGCAAGCUCACCAGCGAGAGGCAGCGGUUGAAGGACCUCGUCGGGCAGCUGGAGGUGGAACGGCUCGAGCUGAGAAACAAGAUCAGCACGGCUGCCCAACAGCUGGAGCGGAAGAAGAAUCUCCAAGAAUCCAUCCGCAAGUGUAAAGAGGAGCAGCUGCAAUUGCGAGAGACCAUUCAGGAAGCCGACAAGGAAGUAGAACGCUUAGAACCAGAAAUCGCGAGCGCGCGUGCUGCGUUGGAGGAGGUGCGUCAGCAGGGCAGGGCAAAGGAGCAAAAGGUGGCUGAAGAGCGAGACGGGAUUGCCACGACGUUUAGCGAGCUCAAGAUGGUCAACACCGAGAUUCAGGAGUACCUCGACCGCGGCGGCCCUUCCAACCUGGCCUCGAACCAGCGCGCCAUUGCCACCUUGGAGUCCGCCAUCGCGAACCUCGAAAGCGAGAUGAAGGAUUUGACGGUCCAGAUCAACAAGCUCAACAAGGAGAUUGACAACAGCGAUGCUAAGAAACGAAACAUCGCAGACAACCUGACCUACCGCAAGAACCUCCGCGAAUGCGACACGCUGGAGGAAGAGAUUGCCGAGCUCGAGUCACGCAACGCCCAGGAGGACUACGACCGCCUCACGCAAGAGGCACGGUAUCUCGAGACCCGCCGGAGCAAGCUGACCGCCGAGCGCGAGCGGCUGGUGGGGACCCUCACCACCAAGGACAGCGAGUUCAAGCGGCUCGAUGAGGAGUACAGCAUCGAACUCAAAGACGCCAAGGCCAAGUUCAAGGAGUCCCACAUCAAAGUCGAGACGACCAAGGCAGCCAUCGACGAUCUCGGCCGCGGCACCGCGGCGCUCGACCACGCCAUCAUGCGCUUCCACUCGCUCAAGAUGGAAGAAAUCAACCGCACCAUCGGCGAGCUCUGGCAGAGCACAUACCAAGGCACCGACAUCGACACGAUCCAGAUCCGGUCCGACGUCGAGGCGGGCGCCGGCUCAGGCACGGGCAAGCGCAACUACAACUACCGCGUCUCGAUGGUGAAGGGGGACACCGAGAUGGACAUGCGCGGGCGGUGCAGCGCGGGCCAAAAGGUGCUGGCCAGCAUCAUCAUCCGUCUGGCGUUGGCCGAGUCCUUUGGCGUCAACUGCGGGCUGAUUGCGCUGGACGAGCCGACGACGAACCUCGACAGUGACAAUAUCCGCAGCUUGGCCGAGAGCCUGCACGGGAUUAUCAAGGCGCGCCGCGCGCAGAGCAAUCUGCAGUUGAUUGUGAUUACGCACGACGAGGAGUUCUUGAAGCAUAUGCAGUGCAGUGAUUUCUGCGAUGAUUUCUAUCGGGUGAAGCGGGACGAGAAGCAGAAUAGUGUGAUUGUGAGGGAGAGCAUUACCCGGAUUAUGGAGUGA